AUGGAAUUUUUGUCUAGUAUUAUUAUUAUUUUUAUAUUUAUUCCAUCGUAUUUAUGUCUAAAUAAUUUAACUUAUGUAUUUUCACAUACAGCGACAAGUGAUAUAAAUGUAUUAGUAAGUUCGAAUGGUUUAAUAUUAACAAAUACAGCAUAUGUAAAACGUUUAUCAUCAUCGACUGUUGAUUUACUUCAAUCAACAGAAAAACUUUUAAAUGCUACUGAUGUUCAAUCAAUUGUAUUUGGAUGGAAUACAGGUGAUUGUUCAUAUCCAUCAGCAAUAGCUCUGAAGUAUCCAACAAAAUAUAUAAGUAUUCCAAUAUGUUUUACUCAUGUUUCUUCAUUAAACAAUAUUUUACGAUUGACAGUUACAAGUGAAGAAUUAGGACAAGCAGCUGUAUCAUUUAUGAAUUAUUAUUCUUUACAUUAUUUUUCAAUGAUAUUAAGUGAUUCGAAUGAAUUUUAUUUGAAUUUAGCACAAAAAUUUUCGAGUUAUUUAUCUCAAAAAUCUUAUAUUUUUGAAAAAUUAAUAUCUGUAUCAAAUUUUUCAUCAUCAUCAUCAUUAAUUUAUUCACUAAGAAGUAGAGUCUUUUUUAUAAUAUGUUCAUAUGAUGAAGAAACCUCACUCUAUCCAAUUAUUUCAUCUUCUUAUCAAUCAGUAUCGUCAACAAUGAGAAAUGUUAUUUUUAUAUUUAUUCGUUGGUCACAUCAUUUUGUUAGUUUUUAUACUACACAAUUUUUACCUAAUGUAACAUUAUAUGGACCAUCAUAUAUUCCUAUUCUUCAUCUAUUACCAAUGGAUAGUAGUAUGACAAAUAAUUUAGAUGAUAUGAUUUCAACGUAUGAACAAGACAUAUUUAAUCCUACAUCAAAUAUGACAUUUUCUGAUGAUAUUAUUUUUAUUUUGAGUGAACUUGAAAGUGUUGAUUUGUUACGACAAAUAUCAAUAAUAGAUUUUCCAUUAACAAAUCGAUCAACUAUGUUUGGUCAAAUUACAUUUGAUAAUAAUCAACAACGUUCAUUUAUUUAUUCAUUAAUUGGUCGACAAUGUAAUGGUAGUUGGGCUAUUUUAAAAUCUAUUGAUUCAGUAUUAAUAAAUGUUAAUACUAAUUUAAAUGUAUGUAUUAGUUAUCAAUUUGAUGAUACAAUAGCAACGAUAACACCAGAAGAUAGCGGUUGGCGCAUUCUUCGUAUUGCACUUUUUACAUUAUUGGGUGUAGCUCUUGCAUGUGCUGCUGGACUUAUUGCUUUCUUUAUCGUCCGAAAUCAACGUAAUCGUAAACAAUUUUCUAAAGGUCCAAAUAAAAUUAUAUUAUUACCCGAUGAUUUAAUGUUUGUUAUGCCAAAAGGUUCAAUAUUUACAAGCAAAGUUAAUUUAAAAAAUGAGCCACAUGAACGUAGUAAUGUAUCUAUACGUAGUGAAGAAAUUCAAGCAGGAAAAACAGCUCGUUAUAAUGGUGAUUUAGUUGAAGUCAAAAAAUUACACAUUGGUCCAUUAUCACUUCGUACAAAAGUUAUGCGUGAAUUACGACAAUUAAAAGAUUUACGUCAUGAAAAUGUUAAUACAUUUCUUGGACUUUUUAUUGAUCAAAAUGCACCAGCAUUGAUAUUUGAAUAUGGUCAUCGUGGUAGUCUUGAAGAUAUUCUCAAGAAAGAAGAAAUAAAACUUGAUUGGAAUUUUAAAUGGUCAAUGCUUAAUGAUCUUGUUCGAGGUAUGAGAUAUUUGACAAAUUCACCUAUACGUUGUCAUGGAAAUUUAAAAUCAAGAAAUUGUAUUGUUGAUUCACGUUGGGUAUUAAAAGUAACAGAUUAUCAUUUAAAUGAAAUGUAUACUUUACAAAAUGCUCCAAGACAAGUUGAAAUAGUUGAUCUUUUAUGGAUGUCACCUGAACAUAUUCGUACAGCAAUCAUUAAAAAUGAUGUUGCUACAGUAAUGACAAGUUCAGCAGCUGGUGAUGUUUAUAGUUUUGGUAUUAUUAUGCAAGAAGUUAUUCUUCGUGGACCACCAUUUUGUAUGCUUGAUCUUACCCCACAAGAAAUUAUUGCUAAAAUAAAAAAACCACCACCACUAUUACGACCAUCUGUAUCGAAACAAACCGCACCACCUGAAUAUAUUAAUUCAAUGAAACAAUGUUGGGCUGAACAAGCCGAAACACGACCAUCAUUUAAUGAUCUUGCUCAAUCAAUUAAAUCACUUAAUGGUGGAAAAAAAGUAAAUAUUGUUGAUACAAUGUUUAAAAUGCUUGAACAAUAUUCAAAUAAUUUGGAAGAUUUAAUUAAAGAACGAACAACACAACUUGAAGAAGAAAAGAAAAAAACAGAUAAAUUAUUAUCACAAAUGUUACCACCGAGUGUUGCUGAGAGUCUUAAAUCGGGUAAAGCUGUUGAAGCUGUAUGGUAUGAAUGUGUAACAAUUUAUUUUUCUGAUAUUGUGGGAUUUACAACAAUAUCAGCAUUGAGUAGUCCAAUGGAAGUUAUUGAUUUACUCAAUGAUUUAUAUACAAUGUUUGAUUCAAUUCUAGAAGAUUUUGAUUGUUAUAAGGUUGAAACUAUUGGUGAUGCAUAUAUGGUUGUUAGUGGUCUACCAAUUGAAAAUGGUAAGAGACAUGCUUCAGAAAUAGCUAUCAUGGCAUUAACAUUAUUACAUGCUUGUGGUAAAUUUAAAAUUCGUCAUAUGCCUGGUGUACCAUUACAAUUACGUAUUGGAUUACAUUCGGGUGCAUGUGUUGCUGGUGUUGUUGGUCUUAAAAUGCCUCGAUAUUGUCUGUUUGGUGAUACAGUUAAUACAGCUUCUCGAAUGGAAUCAACUGGCAUGGCUUAUCGUAUUCAUUCAAGUGAAACAACUGCUGGAUUAUUAGAAGAAAUUGGUGGUUUUCAGUUAGAAUAUCGUGGAAUUACAGAAAUUAAAGGUCGAGGUAACUAUAAAACUUAUUGGCUUACAGGAAAAGAUGGUUUUGAUAAAGAAUUACCACCACCGGUUAUAUCUGAAAAUAAUCAUGGUCUUGACAAAGAAUUAGUUAAAUUAGCUGAAAAAAAUGCACGUGAACGGGAAAAACGUGAACGAGAAAAACGUGAACGUGAACCUCAAGAAAAACAAGCACCACCACCACCAAAAACAACAACAACAACAACAACAACGUUACCAGUUAAUAAUCAUAUACAAGUUCAACCAACUAUUGAAACUAUUGCUUCAGAUCAAAAACCAAAAAAAACUAGAAAUUCUUAUGUUACAAUGACUAAUAAUAUUAAUCAUGAUAUGAAUAAAACAGAAGAUUUAUUAAGAUUUACACCACCACCUGAUGCACCAUCAUCAUUAACAUCAAAUUCAACAAAUAAACAUCCAUCACCUAAUGAACUUCCAGCUAAAUUACAACAAAUGGAUGGACCUAGUGGACCUGUAAGAAAGUCAACGAAAGCAAAAUGGUAA